AUUUCAUGUCAUUCAGGUUUUUUUGUGUCAAUUUGCCCGCCUUAUCGUGAAUUUUGGACAGUUGACAAGAAUUAACUUGCAGAAAUUUUACACUUUCAAUACCGGUUUUAGUUUUUAGUGUUUUAGAUCCACAACAAAUUUCAUAAUGGCGUGUACACAGAGAGCAAACCGAGAAUUAAAAGCUAAAAUGCAGAAAGCUUUACAAAAUGCAACAGAUCCUGUAGAAAAAUUGAGGGCAGCUUGUUUAUCUCGGGGUGCUACAGGUAUCAAAGGGCUGGCUAGAACAUUUAAGAUUAUGGAUGAUGAUGAAAGUCGUUCGUUAGAUUUUAAAGAAUUUAAAAAAGGAAUCUCUGAUUACGGUUUAACAGAAAUUAAAGAAGAAACAGUCCAAGAAUUAUUUACAACUUUUGAUAAAGAUGGAAGUGGAACCAUUGAUUUCGAUGAGUUUUUAGUUCAUUUACGUCCUCCAAUGAGUAACACAAGAAAGAAUUUGAUUCAUCGAGCGUUUACCAAGUUAGAUAAAUCUGGUGAUGGAAUUAUAACGACAGAUGAUUUGAAAGGUGUCUAUAGUGUUAAAAAACAUCCCAAAUAUUUAAAUGGAGAAUGGUCUGAAGAUCAAUGUUUAGGAGAGUUUCUAAAAACUUUUGAUACACAAGACAAAGAUGGCAAAAUUACGAAAGAUGAAUUUUUGAAUUAUUAUUCAGGAGUAAGUGCCUCGAUAGAUCAAGAUGCGUAUUUUCAUCUGAUGAUGACGAACGCAUAUCAACUUAAAGACGAAUAGAAUAUCUACGUCAUUUCUUGUCUCUUUCUAUCAUUUUGUAAUUUUUCAAGAUCUAUAUUUAGAUCAGGCAAAAAUUGAUUUAGAAAUUUUGAGUCAACAUAGGCUUGGUUCAAGAUCUCUGAUUGGCUUAUUGUUAACCAAUCAAAGUUUCUAAAAGUACCUAGUUAGGAUCUUAUAUUGUGCCUGCCAUUUCCAAAAUUUUUCUAAAUUAGGAUUUUAAAUUGUUAAAAAAUUAUAGAAAUAUGACAAACUCUUGUUAUAUAUAUAUAUAUAUAUAUAUUUAUCAGUUAGAAUGGAAGUGUAUGAUUGGUUGAGAAAGUGUCUUUUACGUUCCUGCAACUGCCAGCUUUGCAUUGUGGUUACCAUAACAACAUUGUAUUACACUAUUUUCAUGACUCUUCUUCACAAAAAUUUAAUUGUUGGGAUCAAAAAUAAUGGUUUCCAUUUUGAAAGAAUAAUUUGACAGAUUUCAAAUUUUUGUGCCAAAGAGUUUUAAGAUUUGUUAGAGGUUACUUCUAAAAUCUUGGUUAAAUAUUCAGAUGAAAUUUAUUUUGACUUUUCUCAAGUUAUUAAAACACACAUUGACAUUAUUGACUAAUGAUUAAUGUUGUGAAUUCUAAUGAAUCUUAAUUGUUGAAAUAAUAAAUAACACCUAAAGAUAUCUACCUAUUUCUCUCUAUGAUGUAUAUUGUAUUAUUUUUGUAUAUAUGUCAUAUUAUUUAGCUUUCUAAGACGAAGAAAUUGUUUGUUAUUCACAUAUCAUAUAAAAAUUUAUAAAUGCUAAAUACAGGUCUUUGAAGUUUACAAACAUUGCAACAUUCUAGACUCUAGUUAAAAAGCUGUUUUGAAUUUGUUCAACAUGUACAGCAGUUGAAAGUUGAAAAGUUGUAGAAGGGACUUUAUUGCUGUCACAACUAGUUGCUGAAUAUAGCUGGCCGCUUUAACAGGACAUACUGUAUAUAUACUGGCAAGGUUUUCAGAAAUAUUUUCUACUCUAUAUACAAGGAAUAAAACAAAACUUUAAACUUCUGUAUGUAAACAGCAGCCUGUCACCUGUCUAUCUCCAGCAGUUCAUUUUAAACCAAUAUAUUCUCUUGUCUGACUUCCUACUUCUUUUUCAUGUUUUUAUUUUUUCUUCAUUUCAUUUUUCCUCUACUCAAUUCUUAGAAAACAUUUUCAUUUUUUCGUGUCCUUGUGUAGAUUAAUAUAAUUUUAACAAUUAUGACAUUGUGGUGGUUUUUAAGUGCUUAGAUUUGUGAUUCUAUGUUUUCUGCCAAAAUUUCAUUCAAUUUGUACACUAGAUUAUUAUCCAUUGAUAAAAUUGGUGGGGACUAGCUGUUUAGGGAAGUAGGCCCGUUUCCCCUUUAGAGUUGCGAGCAAUGAAAGCUCUCCUCUGGGUAAACUAACCAUACUGUGUCCCAACCACUGAAAAAAGUGACAAGGAUUUGUCUGUGUGUCCCCACCGAGAUCUGUACCGAUGUAGAUUUUAUUUACGAAAUGGGAGGAUGAUGAUUUUAGAGAUAAAUAUAAAAUAAAGUAGAUUAUCAAUGUUUUUUUUGGAAGUAUCUUGACUGUAUUUUACUAAGUUUCAAUGAUUAUUUUAUUUUAUUAAAUCUUUGUGUUUUUUAUCUGCUAUGUAAUAUAGUGUUUUAUUUUUAAUUUUCUAUUAAACUAUAUUUAUGUAAA